AUGGAAACCCUUAACAAUUUCACCUUUUCCGAAUUGAUGAAGAAAGCGGAAGAACAGCGAAAAGAAAAGUAUAAAUGGAUGUAUGAAAAAGAAUCUGGUCCGUUAUUAUUGAAAGAUGGCACGGAGGAAUCGCAGAAGUUAAUUGAAGGGUCCUCAGAAUCAAGGCCCGCGCCAAUUGAAACUUGGAAAUAUAAAGUAAAAAAUGAGCUCAUGUUUUAUCCGGAGGGGCAUACAUCACAACCUGAAGAGAAUCCCCGGAUCGCACCAAAACAAAUUGCUCCAGCAAAUACGCGUUUUGAAACACCUGACGAGACGAAUAUCAAUAGUCAUGCUGCAACAAUCGCAACAAUUGCGGCAGGUCUCGAGUCAUAUGCUCCAUCCGAAUCAACUUCGGAAGCGGGUACACCCAGGGUAGCAGGGUACGAGUUUGUAUCGCCAACACCUUCACUUAAUCCUUCCCAAGUAGACAGCUCAGAAUUAAUGACUUGGGGUGUGAUAGAAGGAACACCUCUUCAAAUUAGUGGAGAUCAAACACCAGGUCCUACUUUUUCAUUACCUCCUACUCAUCGUAGAGAAAUGCUUGGUAUGAGCCUUUCAAGCACAGCAUCUCGAAAUAUUCGCAAGCGAAUUAGCGCAAUGAAUACUCCUCGGACACCUUCGUCACGGAGUGCAUUAGGGGCGAGAAUGGCAAGCACAAAUACGCGAACAUUAUUAUUAUCACCUGCAGCAAGAAAAUUAUUACGGAAAUCACACAAAACACGUGCAUCGCCAAGCCCAGAUUUAGAUUUACAGUUAAGGUCAUCAUAUGGAACUUCUCUUCGUAGUACAUCAUUGAAGAAUGUUCCCUUUUCUCCCAUGCGACUUAAUUCGCCAUCUUCUGCAUAUAUCCGAAGAAGUUCUGGGGCAUCAUCACAAUCGCCUUCCAUCACAGCCAGCAAUGAAGCCUCCGUGUCUAGAGAUGUCAAUCUUUGGUUCUUAAAAAUGUUCGAAUACACUUUUGAAACUCUAAAUGUGAUGCGUCCAGACGAAUAUGUUUUACAUGUUGAAUUAAACAGACCAAAAAAUCAUAAUGCAUUCAAUCAAGCAGUAUGGCGAGAACUGAAAACUUGUUUCACACAAGUUAAAUACGAUUCUGAAGUACGAGCUGUUGUAAUUUCGGGAGCAGGAAAAUCUUUUACUGCUGGAAUAGAUCUAUUUGAAACACCGUUGGGUAGCUUAAACGCAUCAGAAACCGAUCCCGCUCGUAGAUCCCACUUAACGCGUCUAACUGUUAUGAGCUUACAAGAUUCCAUUAGCUCAAUCGAACAAUGUGACAAACCUGUGAUUGCUAUAGUGCACAAUAACUGUAUUGGCGCUGGAGUUGAUUUAAUAACCGCGUGUGAUGUUCGAUAUUGCGCUAAAAACGCGAUUUUUUCUGUCAAGGAAAUUGAUGUUGGGUUAGCCGCAGACAUUGGCACAUUACAACGUUUACCCAAAGUGGUAGGGAAUGACAGUUUUGUGAGAGAAGUGUGUUUAAGUGGACGAAAUUUCUCGUCGGAGGAAGCAUUGACUUUUGGAUUGGUAAGUAAAGUAUUACCGACGAAAGAAGACGCUCUUGCUGAAGGUCUAAAAAUCGCCAAAAUCAUUGCUUCGAAAUCUCCUGUUGCCGUCCUCGGAACGAAACACCUACUGAAUUUUUCGCGUGAUCAUUCGAUCUCAGAUGGACUCGAAUACACGGCUGUUUGGAGUUCAGCCAUGCUAAAUACAAAGGAUGUUGAUGAAGCUGCUAAAGGAUUUUUGGAAAAAAAGCAACCAAAAUUCUCCAAACUCUAA